AUGAGAAAUCUUCGCAACAUCUGCCACAGAGUCGGCAAGGCCCCGUCAGAUAUCUCGGCAACAUGCUGGGACCCCAGCAAGGAUGAGGUGCUCGUCACCUGCGGCCCGAAUACCCCCGACCAGAAGAUCGAGCUCCUAAGAGUGGUCGACGAUGUCACCCGUCAGGACCCGGCACUCCCACUGCUGUGCGAACGUAUAGCCUCGUGGGAUGCGCCGAGUCCAAACCCAGACGUGCCUGUCGACCGAGUUGUGAGUCUCCACUACUUUAGUGACACGACGACGGCAUGUCUCGUCCUCGAGGGAGGCGACCUCAUUGUUGUGCAGGAGGGCUUGAGUCCUGGGGAUGUCCACAUCGAGAUCAUGGGCUCUAUAGACGCCGGCAUCACGUCUGCACGGUGGUCGCCGGACGAGGAGCUGCUGCUCAUCGCCACCAAGGACGGGAAAGUGGUCUUCAUGAGCCGCAGUUUCGAUGGUAUCGCCGAGGCAGCCAUGACCUCUGCCGAUCUUGCAUCGUCCAAGCACGUCAGUGUCGGCUGGGGCAAGAAGGAGACCCAGUUCCAGGGCAGGGGAGCCAAGGCAAAGGCUCUUCGUGAUCCCACGAUACCCGACAAGAUCGACCAGGGAACGGUCAGCCCCAACGACGACGGGCGCACGGUGGUCAGCUGGAGAGGAGACGGCGCCUAUGUUGCCAUCAAUACCGUCGAGGCUGCGUCAAGAAGAGUCAUACGCGUCUACAGCCGAGAGGGCGUUCUCGAUAGCGUGAGCGAGCCGGUCGACGGCCUGGAAGGUGCUUUGAGCUGGAGACCCGCCGGGAAUCUGCUGGCUGGCAUCCAGCGCUUUGCUGACCACGUUGAUGUUGUCUUCUUUGAGAGGAACGGACUGAGGCAUGGCCAGUUCACAAUACGCUCGACCGAGCCUCUUGAUGACCCCUCCUUGAACAUCGGCCUGCAAUGGAACGCAGACUCGACGGUGCUCGCAGUCUCGUUUGCCAGCACCGUGCAGCUUUGGACCACGGGCAACUAUCACUGGUACUUGAAGCAAGAGAUCCUCCUGAAAUCACCUUUUUCGCACGCCUCAUGGCACCCGGAGAAGGCUUUGCGCCUCGCAGUUGCCGACACAGACAACAUACUUCAUACCGAGUUCGCUUUCGUUGUGACGCGAGGCUCGCUAAUGCCACCCGAUGACUUCGGAGCGGUUGCUGUCAUCGAUGGUAAGACGGUUAAAAUAACACCAUUCCGGACCGCGAACGUGCCUCCACCCAUGGCCAUGCUCGAAAUUACGGCCAGCCAUACCGUAAUCGACAUUGCUUUCGCCCCUAACAACGAGACGAUGGCUGUAUUGCACCACAAUGGCGUCGACCUGUACGAGUGGCAGACGAAGAAUGGUCGAUCACUGGUUCCAAGACUUCUCACCAAAUUCGAUUCUGAAAUGGACGGUUUGAUGAGAACAGCCCUUCAGGUUUGCUUUGCAUCGAGCUACGAGCCUCGUGUGCUCUACUUCAACGACGGGCUCAACAUUUGCCGGCUGAGCUUCAAGUGCGACGCCGGCGACCUCAUAAUUGAUGACUUGACUCCGCUUGAGGAGGAGGUCCUCUUCACACAAACGGCCUCCUUCACGAACGCAUCGGACAGUGGGUCUCUCGCUGAGGCCUGUGUUCAAGCCAGAUCUGGGAAGCUCUUUCGCUUGUCAGAGAAGGAUGAUGCAUUGGGGCCCAUGGUUGUCCGCUUUCCACUUCAACUCCCAUGGGUUGAAACCUUUGAGAUCGGCGGCGAAUUUAUCGCUUUUGGUUUGUCAAGAAGUGGCCAUCUCUACGCAAACUCUCAGUUACUCGUCAAGAAUUGUACCUCGUUCCUGGUCACAUGCGACCAUCUGAUAUUCACCACAAGUAACCACUUACUGAAGUUUGCCCAUCUGGGCAGGCCAGAAGAUCUCAACCUACCUGCUGAUGACCCGGAGAACGAUGAGAGAUGCCGAAGCAUCGAAAGGGGCGCCAGACUUGUCACAGCCAUGCCAACAACCAUGAGUGUCGUGCUCCAGAUGCCUCGCGGUAACCUGGAAACCAUCUACCCUCGGGCCAUGGUCCUGGCCGGUAUUCGGUCCUUGAUUGAUGCCAAGGAAUAUGGCAAGGCCUUCGCUCACUGCAGAACACAACGAGUGGACAUGAACAUACUCUAUGACCAUAAGCCGGACCAAUUCCUAUCGAACGUUGGCCUUUUUCUAGACCAGCUUGGCGACGUGGCACAUAUCGACUUGUUCUUGGCCUCACUCGGCGAGGACGAUGUGACGAAGACGAUGUACAAGAACACAAAGACUUCCAAGGAGACGGCAAUGGAAGAUUCGAACGCACCACCUCAAGAGAACUUCGCCACUGUCGGCAAUGGGACUUCCUCCAAGGUGAACAAAAUAUGUGACUCUGUUUUGGAAACACUCCAGGGCCGAAAAGACACAAACCUACAGAACAUCAUCACUGCCAACGUCUGCAAGAACCCACCAGCUCUCGAAGAUGGCCUGAUUGUAGUUGCGAAGUUGAUGCAGGACGAUGAGACAAUGGCCGAGAAGGCUGUUGAGCACAUAUGCUUCUUGCAAGACGUCAAUAGACUUUAUGACCAUGCGCUGGGACUUUACAACCUGGACCUUGCUCUACUGGUUGCCCAGCAAUCACAACGAGAUCCGCGGGAGUACCUGCCAUUUAUCCAAGAUCUACACCAACUACCUGAGCUCAGACGAAAGUUCGCUAUCGAUGACCACCUGGACCGGCGGGAGAAAGCCUUACAACACUUACACGCCAUCAGUGUCUUUGACGAAGUCCAGAACUAUACGACGAAAUACAAGCUGUACCAGACCGCACUGCGGCUUUAUCGCUAUGAACCCGAGCGACACAGGAUUCUCACAGACCUGUAUGCCAACUACCUUGAAUCCCAGUCCAAGAACCGUGAAGCCGGCCUCGCCUACGAAUCCCUAAACAACUUCGCCCGCGCCACUGCCUGCUACCGGGCUGCUGGCGCUACCUGCUGGCGCGAAUGUCUUUUCACUGCCCAGCAGCAGGACCCACCCAUGUCAGCAGACUCAUUUUCUGAGCUCGCCACGACCCUGGCAGAAGCACUCUGGGAGGCAAAGGGCUACUCCUCCGCGGCGACGAUACACCUCGAGUACCUCGACUCCCUGGAGCAGGCGAUCAGGUGCCUGUGCAAGGGCUACCACUUCGCGGACGCGAUGCGGCUGGCGGCGCGCCGCGGGCGAGGAGACCUCCUCGAGACCGCCGUGGACGCGGGCCUCGCGGACGCGCUGUCGGGCACGACCGAGUUCCUGGCGGACUGCAAGGCGCAGCUCCGGGCGCAGGUGCCGCGGCUGGCGGAGCUCCGGCGCAAGGCGAUCGAGGACCCGCUGGCCUUCUACGAGGGCGAGCGGCCGGGCGCCCUGGCGGACCUGCCGGACGACGUGUCCGUCGCGGCCUCGUCGCGCGUCAGCACCAGCGCGUCGCUGUUCACGCGGUACACGGGCAAGCAGGGCAGCGUCGGCACGCUGGGGUCCAACGUGUCGCGCGCGACGAGCAAGAACCGCCGGCGCGAGGAGAAGAAACGCGCCCGGGGCCGCAAGGGCACCGUCUAUGAGGCUGAGUACCUCGUCAACAGCGUGCGCCGGCUGGUGGAGCGCGUAGAGGGGAGCAAGGGGGAGGCCGAGAGGCUUGUGUUCGGGCUCAUGCGGAGGGGCAUGGCGGAGCGCGCCAGGGCCGUCGAGGCUCUCAUGGACGAGGUUGUCACCGCCUGUAGGGCUGCCGUGGUCGAGGUAUUUGGGGAGCCCGAGGACCAGCAGCAGGCGCAGGAGGAUGAGCUGGGCGCGACGGGCGCGGAGGAGUACAGGCCGACCGGGCCGGAUGCGGUGCUCCACGCCUCGUUGGACGCCGUGAACGGCCGGCAGCUUGCUCCUGUCAUCACGGCAUUUUCAAAACUGACUCUUCUGGGCCAAUGA